AUGCCUUCCGAUAAACAGAGCACAAACGCCGCUGGCAAUAACGCCAGUGACAUGACAGGCCAAUAUCACUCUAUCAAGGGCAACAUCGUCGAGUUGGUCGGCAAUUACACCGGCGCCACAGCGUGGAAGACUUCCGGGCAGCAGGAACAUUUGGCGGGCGAGCGUGAAAUCAACGAGGCGCAAGCGCAAGCAUUCGCUCAGGGUAUGGCCGAUCGCGCGGAAGGGAAGAUCGACGCCGUCGUCGGUGCAGUAACGGGAGACCGUCAACGUGAAAUAUCAGGAAAUGCAAAACAUGACAUCGGGAAGACCGCCUAA